AUGGCAUGCAAUUUUCAGUUUCCAGAAAUAGCUUAUCCAGGUAAACUAAUAUGCCCACAGUACGGUACGGAAAAUAAAGAUGGCGAAGAUAUAAUUUUCAAUUAUGUGCCCGGUCCCGGAACUAAACUAAUUCAAUAUGAACACAACGGACGAACUUUAGAAGCUAUAACUGCUACACUAGUUGGGACAGUGAGGUGUGAGGAAGAAAAAAAAACUGAUCAGGAAGAAGAGCGUGAAGGCACUGAUCAAUCUACAGAGGAAGAAAAAUCAGUAGAUGCAUCACCUAAUGAUGUCACAAGAAGAACUGUAAAAAAUAUUCUGGUUUCAGUGCUUCCUGGGACAGAAAAGGGUCGUAAAACCAACAAAUAUGCUAAUAAUGAUUUUGCCAAUAACCUACCGAAGGAAGGUGAUAUUGUGCUGACCAGGGUGACAAGGCUUUCGUUGCAACGAGCCAAUGUCGAAAUUUUAGCUGUGGAAGAUAAACCAUCUCCAAUUGAUAGUGGCAUCGGCAGUAAUGGAUCGGGAAUAGUCGCUGCUGGUGGCGGUUCUGGAGCAGCUACGUUCUCUGUUUCUCAAGCAUCAUCAGAUUUAGGUGAGACAUUCAGAGGUAUAAUCAGGUCUCAGGAUGUACGGUCUACAGACAGAGAUCGUGUGAAAGUGAUAGAAUGUUUCAAGCCGGGAGAUAUUGUUAGGGCGCAAGUUUUAUCAUUAGGUGACGGAACCAACUACUAUUUGACCACUGCAAGGAAUGACCUUGGGGUCGUGUUCGCCAGAGCUGCUAAUGGUGCUGGUGGAUUGAUGUAUGCUACAGACUGGCAAAUGAUGACUUCACCGGUUACAGGCGCUACAGAAAAGCGCAAAUGUGCCAAACCUUUUUGA